GUAGAAGAAGCCGACGACUGGCUCCGGCAUGGCAACCCCUGGGAGAAAGCCCGUCCCGAGUACAUGCUGCCUGUGCAUUUCUACGGCCGGGUGGAGCAUGCUGCCACCGGUGCCAAGUGGGUCGACACCCAGGUGGUGCUGGCGCUGCCCUACGAUACACCCGUGCCCGGGUACAUGAACAACACCGUCAACACCAUGCGCCUGUGGUCGGCUCGGGCGCCCAACGACUUCAACCUGCGAGACUUCAACGUCGGAGACUACAUCCAGGCCGUGCUGGACAGAAACCUGGCGGAGAACAUAUCCCGCGUCCUCUACCCCAACGACAACUUCUUCGAGGGGAAGGAGCUGCGGCUGAAGCAGGAGUACUUCGUCGUGGCUGCCACCCUCCAGGACAUCAUACGCCGCUUCAAAGCGUCCAAAUUUGGGAGCACAGAGAGUGUCCGAACCGUGUUUGAUUCCUUCCCCGACCAGGUCGCCAUCCAGCUGAACGACACACACCCUGCCAUGGCCAUCCCUGAGCUGAUGAGGAUUUUGGUGGACAUCGAGAAGCUGCCGUGGAACAAGGCCUGGGACAUCACCAAGCGUACCUUCGCCUACACCAACCACACGGUGCUUCCCGAAGCCCUGGAGCGCUGGCCGGUGGACCUGGUGGAGAAGCUGCUCCCCAGACACCUGCAGAUCAUCUACGAGAUCAACCAGAGGCACCUGGAUCACAUCGCGUCCCUCUUCCCUAACGACGUGGACCGGCUGCGGAGGAUGUCCCUGAUAGAGGAGGGAGGCACCAAGAGGAUCAACAUGGCCCAUCUCUGCAUCGUCGGCUCCCACGCUGUCAACGGCGUGGCGAAGAUCCACUCCGAAAUAGUCAAGACUCAAGUCUUCAAGGACUUUGCAGCGCUGGAGCCAGAGAAGUUUCAGAACAAGACCAACGGCAUCACCCCACGGCGCUGGCUCCUGCUCUGCAACCCGGGGCUGGCGGAGCUCAUCGCGGAG